AAUCUACUUCUCUUGCAGCACAGCUAGCAGUGGAUAUGAUAAUGAAUGAGUAGCUGCUCCGAGUAAUGUGGUCUUGCCCGGCACACGACUCUCAAGUAAUUAAUGAGUCGAUUACUCGAGAAUAUGCAUGAAUUUACUGCGUCUUCUAUAUGAGAUUAAGGGAUAUCAUUAAGUCUCGUCUUCAUUUACAACUCAUGGAGUGGUGGCAACUAGUAAAUGAUCUCGUUUUGAGACCAUUUUGAACGCCGAACUGUGCUUAGUGGAGCACAGCAUAAAAACAAGAAGCCUAGUUCGUCAAACACCAACGCCUUCCCCCUAGCCAACCUUUGAUACAGCGACUUCUCUCGCUGUGUUGAAGUCAUUCCUGCCCAUUCUAUUCUUAGAUCCCUCUCCCUUUCUCAUACAACCUGUCUUCCACACCGUCCUCGUUGUCAUCUCUCACGAUGAACAGUGAAAUCUAUGGCCGACGCAUCUCUCUCCUCCUUUCCUUUUGAAUCCGACAGACAAUGUGUGUUCUUUCUCUCUUUCUCUCUCACUAUAUAUACAAUCAAUUAGUUCACUGAGAUUGGUAUAAUCCUCUCGACUGACAUGGGGAUCUGCAAGUCGUGCGAUGCGACGGGAGUGGCGGAGCCGGCGACGGCAAAGCUGGUGCUACAGGACGGGAAGCUACAGGAGUUUGAAAGGCCGGUGAAGGUGUCCCACCUGCUACAGAAGGACCCGACGUGCUUCGUGUGUGACUCCGACGGCAUGGUGUUCGACGGGUUAGUGAUGGCCGUGGAUGCCGACGACGAGCUGCAGCCGGGGCAGCUCUACUUCCUCCUCCCUGUCUCCAUGCUCCGGCGACCUCUCCACGCGGAAGAGAUGGCGGCGCUCGCAGUGAAGGCUAGCGCCGCCCUCGGGGCCGCUCGUGGUGCCUGCAGCCGCCACAGUAGAUCUGUGGCUCCUCUAACCUUCCACCCGGCAAUGCCCGCGGCUGCCGGCGGCGGUGCAAGUGGGAUGAUGGGAGGAGGGAAGAGUAGAGUAAAUUGUAAGAGGAGAGGUGGCAAGGGACGGGAUUUUGCGUCCAAGUUGAGUGCGAUCUCAGAGUAGAAGACAUGUACCGCAGCGAAAGAGAUUGAACAUGAACAUGAGACUACACAAACAGAGCAUGCACGAGUGUUAGCAGUCAUAUAACAUCUAGUCGAUGGGGCUUAUGUGACAUCCGAUUACAGAGUAUCCGAACCUGAUUCAUGGGAAUGGGA